UUUUGAGAGCAGAACAGAAAGAACAACCGUUGAAUUUAACAGUUAGAGAACAAAAAGCAAAAAAGAGGACAACAAUAUAGUCCCAUAAGAAACAACAUUAACAUUUUCCUUAACAUUUACACCCAUUUUCCUAAUCCUAAUUCUUACAACAACGAACUGUAACAAAAGUUUCUAUCUUUCUUACCACCAGAUUUAGUUUAAAGAAAAAAAAGAAUGCAUCUUUCACUCUAAUUUCACCUCAACAAAACCCUAUUUCUUUUUCUUUUUUUAAACAAAAAGAAACAUCAGGCGAGUGGCUAUCCGAAUUGAUUUUGGGAUCAUCAGUUAUUUCUAAAAGCUAUAAUUUUUACCCCUUUUUAUUGGCAAUAACAAUAAUCAGAUGAUCAAUGGAGAAGGACCCGCCUCUCCCGAUCCAUUCGAUUCAUUUACGCCAAAGACUACCGACGAUGUAUCGCCUGGAUCGCUAUCGCGGUACUCCUCCUGCGGAGGAGAAUCAGAGUUUGAGAGGUAUUGUAGUGCGAACUCGGUCAUGGGAACGCCUAGCUUUUGUAGCUCGUUCGGGCCUGCUAAUGAUCGUAUAGAGUCUGAGUUUGGGUCUUUGAAGAGUUUGGAGAAUUUUAGUUUGGGAGGUAGGUUAAAGUUUGAUAGGAACUCGGAAGAGCAUAAACUUUCUGAUUCUUUGAUUUUGGAAGAUGUGAUGACAAACAGUGGGGAUGGCGAGUUCGGAUUGCGUGAUGGUGAAAGGAAUUUUGGAGAACCUAGUGGAAUAGAUACUAGGCAAGAGAGUUUUAAUCCAGUUGGAGAUGGGGAUAAUGGUGGCUUAUGCGGGUUGGGUUUGGAUUUUGAUGGGAGCGAGCUGGAGGAAGAUGGAAGUUCAUCUAGGCAUGAGCAUUUUGAAGAUGUCGAUGAUGAUUCUAUGUAUGGUUGUGGUUCUGAUGAUGAGAACAGGAAGAAUAUCUAUACUCACAGGAAUAUAGGGUAUAACAAAGAAGAAGCAUUUGAGAAUGAAGCUCAGAAUCCACUGCUUAUUAAUUCUUCCGUAGCCUUUGGUUCAGAUGAUUGGGAUGAUUUUGAGCAGGAGCAGGAGACGAUGUUGGGAGGUACUCUUGUUUCUUUGACUUCGGACCAAUUUCAGGAGCAUAAAGAACCGGAUUUUGAAACUGAACGAGGCCUCUUUAAAUCCAAAUCCACGUCAUCUGCAGGGUUACUGGUUGUUAACAAUGUGUCCAGGGACCCUGGGGGCAUCAGGCAGGUUGAAGGCGAUGAACUUAGUUUUCGAAAUUCUGAACUCAAGCAAGUUGAAGAAGUGAGAGAUAUGCCUGUAGCUAUUUGUCAGGUCCAGGGAACUCAUGAAGUAGCCAGGGAUGGUAGAAUUAUUUCAACCAGAUUGUCUAGAUUAGAGCAAGAAGAUGUAAGAGACAUUUCUGUUGCCUGCAAUAUAGUGCAAGGUGCUAUUGAUACAGCAGAUUGUUGGAAGAGUUGUUCUAAUAGUGAUUUAUGUGGGAUGGAGUUGGAUCCUUUUGAAGAAAAAAAUCCCAUGGGGUUAGAAUGGAACAUCUUGGAUUACAGUCUGGAAAGGGAGUUUCUGUGUGUGAAAUCUGAGGAGACCAUUGGUGUUGAUGACAGGAAAAUUUUAGAAAAUCAAGAGACUGGGGAUGUAGAGGUGGAACUUGAUCCCCUUAAUGAGGCAGCAAAACAAAUUUGUUCUUCUCCAACUGACUUCUUUGAGAAUAUAAGUGCAGAGUUCGUUGAAGACUCCAAACUGGAUUCAACUCAAUUGUCACAUGAAAGUAACAGGAGCAGAUCAUUGAAAAUUACUCCUACUUCUGUUGAUCUUUUGGAAGAGCAUCCCGCACCAAUUAAGGCAGAAAAAGUUGAGGUUCAUGAAUUUUAUGAUGAGAUUGUCAAUGAAAUGGAAGAAAUUUUACUUGACUCUAGCGAGUCUCCUGGUGCCAGGUUUCCUCAGGGCAAUCACAUGUCUCAACCACAGCUAUCUCUGCCUUUAAGAGAUGGUGGAUCUACUGCUUCCACUUCUGGUACGGAUGAUGCUUUCUCACUAAUCUCACGGCCACUGAGAAUUGAUAGGAUCGAAGUAGUUGGUGCCAAGCAGAAGAAAGGAGAUAUCUCACUUAGUGAAAGAUUGGUUGGAGUGAAGGAAUAUACUGUAUACAGAAUAAGAGUGUGGAGCGGCAAGGAUCACUGGGAGGUUGAGCGUAGGUAUCGUGAUUUCUAUACACUCUAUCGCCGGCUGAAAUCAUUAUUUACUGACCAGGGUUGGACUCUUCCUUUUCCCUGGUUCUCUGUAGAAAAGGAAUCUAGAAAAAUAUUUGGGAAUGCAUCUCCAGAUGUUGUUUCUGAGAGAAGUGUUCUUAUUCAGGAGUGCCUGCGUGCGAUUAUCCAUUCGGGAUAUUUUUCAAGCCCCCCAAGUGCAUUGCUUUGGUUUUUAUGUCCUCAAGGUUCAGUUCCUAGUUCCCCUGCAUCACAAAUACCUGUGCCUUGGUCUAAUAGACAACCUGAAGCUGGAAAUAUCUCCAAUUUAGGGAAAACAAUAUCACUUAUUGUUGAAAUUAGGCCUUAUAAAUCUAUGAAACAAUUGCUAGAAGCACAACAUUAUACUUGUGUUGGAUGCCACAAACAUUUUGAUGAUGGGAUGACACUAGUGCAAGACUUUGUACAAGCACUCGGAUGGGGAAAGCCUAGACUCUGCGAAUAUACUGGUCAGUUAUUUUGUUCUUCAUGCCAUACAAAUGAAACUGCAGUUUUGCCAGCAAAGGUUCUACACUAUUGGGAUUUUACACCAUAUCCGGUCUCUCAAUUGGCCAAGUCAUACCUGGAUUCCAUAUAUGAGCAGCCCAUGCUUUGUGUUAGUGCAGUUAAUCCUUUCCUAUUCUCAAAAAUCCCAGCCCUUCACCAUAUUAUGAAUGUCAGGAAGAAAAUAGGAACUAUGCUUCCAUAUGUCCGCUGCCCGUUUCGCAGGACCAUCAACAAGGGACUUGGAUCUCGUAGAUAUCUUCUUGAAAGCAAUGACUUUUUUGCUCUCAAAGACCUUAUUGAUCUUUCAAAAGGGGCUUUUGCAGCACUGCCUGUGAUGGUGGAGAUGGUCUCCAGUAAAAUUUUGGAGCAUAUAGCUGAUCAAUGCCUUAUAUGCUGUGAUGUGGGAGUUCCCUGCAGUGCUCGCCAAGCUUGUGAUGAUCCAUCCUCACUCAUUUUCCCUUUUCAGGAAGGUGAGAUUGAAAGGUGUAAAUCUUGUGGAUCUGUAUUCCACAAGCCUUGCUUUAGAAAGCUCACAAGCUGUUCUUGCGGGGCACUUAUUGGAGAAGACAAGAUGGUUGGAGCCUCUAAUAGGCUGAGUCGUAAGGCUAGUGACUUCUUGGGAAGAAGUUCAAGUUCUGGUUUGUCUAUGGGGUUGAUCUCCGGGCUGUUUUCAAGGGUAAAGCCUGAGAAGGAAAAGGAUCAUAGGGACGACACUGUCAUUUUAAUGGGUUCUUUGCCUAGCACUAGUAUUUGAUCACCUGAAAUUGCAAUGUACAAUAUAUACAUGUAUAUUGUCUUGAUAACGGUAGAGUUCAUCUAUAGCACCUUUAGGUGCCUACACCAUUGUAGCAAAGAAUUUUGAGACUGAGCGAGGGUGUUUUUUUUCCUCAUCAUUUGUUGGGAGCAUUCUUUGUAAAUAAAUGAUACAAUGACAUUGAUAAAUAGUGUUGCUUUGCGCCA